CCAACACUGGCAAAUAAAACUUCGCUUCAUCAGCAGUUUUUUUCAAUAUUGAUAUUUUAUGUACAUAUUAACUAUUUGUUAUCGCAUAUACGGGUGAUCAUAACUGUUCACGAUUGAAUGGAACUGUAUAUCAGACGCCAUUUUGGGAGAUGAAGGACUGCCAGCUAUUUCUCUUAAUUAUUUCAAUAUGGAUACAUUUGUGAAUAUGGCUGGCUAUCUAAUUUAUAUGCAAAGCAAUACCUAAGAAUGGAUAAAUUAACAAGUGCCGGACGCUCCAGGGGCAGGGGGCGUGCUACUAACCCUCAACAACCCCGUGGCGAUAAUCGUAACAGACGAGGUGGGCAGCCCGGCCAACAAGGAGCAUCAGGUGCUUCUGGUGGUGCACCAGGACCCUCCAGAGGUCAUCAGCAACAGCAACAGCAGCAGCAACAACAACAACGACCACCAUCAACCUUUGCAUGGGGACAGCCCUUGCCAGGUGUAUCUCGUGGCUCUGGUGUUCCUCAGCAGCCAAGUUGCAGUACUGCACCAAUACAACAACGUGCAGCUGCACCCGUUAUGCAAGGUCGUGCUACUACACAUAGAGAAAUGCCAUCAGGAGAUGCUCCCGUCGUUAGAGAAGAUACUCGUGGCGCUGUACGUGGAAAACGCGUACUAACGGAGAUAGUCGCUUCUCGUCCAGCGUCAUGUGUUACUAAAACUGGCGUUACCGGUACGAAGGUAGUUGUAAAGACUAAUUACUUUCGAAUUAUGAAAAAACCUGAAUGGUCUAUUCAUCAAUAUCGUGUUGAUUUUGCUCCUGAUGUUGAUAUGGUGCGCUUAAGACGUGCCUAUUUGGCGCAUCACAAGGACAUGUUUGGAGGAUACAUAUUCGACGGUACCGUUAUGUUCUGUACAAAACAUUUGGUGAAAAAAGGGGAAACUAUGGAGUUGUAUACAAAAAAUCGCGAAGGUGAAACAAUACAAAUUAAAAUGAAAUAUGUUGGACAACUAGAUGUUACUGAUGCACAACAGAUUCAAGUAUUAAAUUUAAUUUUACGUCGUGCUAUGGAGGGGCUUCGCUUGCAACUCAUUGGUCGUAGUUUUUUCGAUCCGCAGGCAUUAAUCGAUAUAAGAGAUUACUCUCUUCAACUAUGGCCUGGAUAUCACACAUCUAUUCGUCAGCAUGAGCAGGAUAUAUUGUUAUGUGCAGAAAUUGCGCAUAAGGUAAUGCGGACUGAUUCUGUAUAUAGAAUUUUACAGGAUUGUCAAAGAAAGCAGGACCCAUUAAAUUCAUUUAAACAUGAAGUCGUUGGAACUAUAGUACUUACCGAUUACAAUAAUAAAACAUACCGUAUAGAUGACGUGGAAUUUGAUGCUACGCCAAUGUCGAAGUUUAAAACUAAUAAUGGAGAAAUUUCAUACAUGGAAUAUUAUAAAAAUCGCUAUAAUAUUCAAAUAAACGACGCUAGACAACCACUAUUAAUUUCACGCCCUACCGAAAGAAAUAUUCGAAGUGGGCAGGAUGAAUUUAUAAUGCUGAUACCAGAACUGGCAAGAUCAACAGGCCUUACGAGUGCUAUGCGGAACAAUUUUCAAUUAAUGAAAGCAAUGAGCAAUCACACACGCUUAACCCCUAAUACUCGUAUACAACGUUUGAUGCAAUUCAAUAGUCGUUUGAAAAACACUACAGCAAGCAUGGAGGUGUUAACAUCUUGGAAUAUGGAAUUAGAUAAUCAACUCGUUGAAGUGCCCGGUCGAAUUUUAACCAAAAGUAAAAUAUUAUUUGCAAACGCAUAUGAAGACUGUAACGCAACCGCAAAUUGGACUGGAAGCUUCCGUAAGCAACACAUGUAUAAAAGUGUCGAAAUGAGGAGAUGGUGUGUGAUAACACCAAAAAGGAAUAUAAAUGAAACUCAAAAUUUUAUAGGCGUGUUGAUAAAAGUAGCUGCUGGUUUGGGAAUGCGUAUAGCCGCACCAAUGUAUCAUCAAAUGAACGAUGAUCGUGUUGGGUCAUAUGCUUCAGCAAUAAACACGGCAGGCGCUGAAGAUCCUCAGUUGAUAAUGGUAGUUCUAGUUUCUAAUAAUGAAGAAAAAUAUAGCUGCGUGAAGAAAAAAUGUUGCGUUGAUCGCCCAGUACCAUCUCAGGUUGCCACAUUGAGGACUAUUGCUCCUCGUGAUAAUAAGGGCGUAAUGUCUGUUGCCACUAAAAUCGCAAUACAAAUGAAUGCAAAACUUUUGGGAGCACCUUGGUUAAUAGAUAUUCCCGUAACUGGGCUAAUGACUGUUGGUUUCGAUGUGUGUCAUUCAGCAAAAGAAAAAAAUAAAUCAUACGGAGCAUUGGUAGCUACAAUGGAUUUGAAGUCUAAACCACGUUUCUUCUCUACAGUAACGCAACAUUUAAAAGGUCAGGAGCUUUCAAAUGAAAUAUCUAUGAAUAUGACUUUUGCUUUGAAAGCAUAUCGAAAUGAGCAUGGCAUGCUACCGCGAAAAAUUCUAUUCUAUCGUGAUGGUGUAGGUGAUGGCCAAUUGCAUCAAGUUUUCCACACCGAAGUUAAAGUUUUAAAAAAUAAAUUGGAUGAGAUAUAUAAAAAUGCAGGUGAACCAACACCUGCCCCAAUGGCAUUUAUUGUGGUGUCAAAGCGAAUAAAUACUAGAUAUUUUGUUAAUGGUGACAAUCCACCGCCUGGCACUGUUGUUGAUGAUGUUAUUACAUUGCCAGAACGUUACGAUUUCUUCUUGGUAUCCCAAUCUGUAAACCAAGGCACAGUUUCUCCAACAAGUUAUAAUGUGAUUUAUGAUACUAUGGGAUUUAAUUCCGACAGAAUACAACUGCUUACAUACAAAAUGACCCAUCUGUACUAUAAUUGGAGCGGUACCUGUCGUGUACCUGCGGUAUGUCAAUAUGCACACAAAUUGGCAUUCCUAGUAGCGGAAAGCAUUCAUCGCUUGCCAAGUAACGCUUUGGAAAAACAGCUUUACUUCCUAUAAAG